CUGGGCCGGUACCGGGCUGGGACCCCGGCACAGCUCGAUCCCCUAUGGCCCGAGCCGAGUCCCCCAGCACGGCUCGUUCCUCCCGAGCGCUCGGGCUGCCUGCGGCUGCCGAAGGAGGGGUAUCCCGCUCUCAUGCCUUUUUUUCGGCGGGUUCGUAGUUAAAAGUAUGCGAGCUCUAUGAAAAAGCCGGCAGAGAACCCCCUCUUGUGGAGCGCGUGUUUCGUUUGGGUCGUGUUCGGGGGGGGGGGGGGGGGGUGUUGUUGUUAAUUUCAUGCUAAAGCAGGUACGGCAGAACCCCUGCGGGCGGUGCGGAGCGGGGCCUGGGUGCCCUCCGAAAGGGGAAACUGCAGCUUCAGCCUUCAGCCCUCGGGUGCGAGCCCUGAGGCUGCCAGCCAAGCUCUGCCUUCUGGAAGUGCUCGGAAUUUCUCAUUUGGGCCCAGGAAGCCCGUUUGUGGAGACCCUCCGUCUGCGGGCACUUCCCGGGGCUGCCUGGUAGGCAGCUGGCUGGCUGGAGGAAGCACUGCUCCUUUGACCAGAUUCCAAGAUUUAACCGUGAAAAUGCCAGUAUUGACGUUUUUAUAAAUCUCACAGUUAAAGUAGGCACUGGAACAUGUUGCCCAGGGAGGCUGUGAAUGUCCCAAUCCUGGAAGUGCUCCAGGCCAGGCUGGAUAAGGCCUUGAGCCGCCUGGUCUAGUGGGAGGGGUCCCUGCCCAUGGCAGGGGGGGUUGGGAUUAUAUCCUUAACCAAUCUCUUCCAACCCCUUAACGUCAUGAUUCUAGGUAUGGUGAAAAUAAAGGGUUUAUUAUGUGUAUAGGUGGCAGUUCUCUCAUGAACAUAAUGCUAGAGAUGCAGUACUUGAUUGUUGAAUAUUGUUAUGUCUUGGCCAUGCAGCUGUUCUGGUGGGAGGUGGUAACAUCUAUUUCUUGCCUAGCUUAGGCUGAAUUGUUAAUUAGGAUAAGAAUGAUGAAAUUACUCCUAAGUUAGAAUUCCUUAAAAGGUCUAUAAAAAUAUCUGAGCUUUAGUACAUCCUCCUUUAUUAAUACUUGUGUACAUUUUUUAGCUACUUUUUCUACUACAACCAGCCUUCGGUCUGUUUGUACAGCCCUAGCUGGAAAUGGCUCAAGAAGAGAUGGAAGUUGAUCUCCAGCCAGUGGCUGGUUACUCGGUGGAGACCCUCCGGACACUUGCCCCAGAGCCCUCUGGUCAUGCAAUGCUCUCGUCCCACGUUCCCGUGCUGGGUGAAGGAGAAGGAGGCAGCACUGCAGCCCUUCCUGCUGAUGAUGCUGUUGUCACACCCAAUGCUGGUACAACAAGGGAAGCAGCAGCAGAGCCUGACCCACCGCCGAGUCCUGCCGUGGCCCCCAGUGAGCUGCAGAGGCUGCAAGGGGCGUUUGAUCUGUACCAACCACUGCCUGUGCCACAGCUCACACAGCAUCCGCAAGUGAGGAGAGCUCGCAGGCAGCAGAGAAUUGGUGAUUCCCAGAGGACAAUCAGUGCCAGGGCAGCAUUGGACCAUUACUUUCAACUCAGCAGGACCCAAGAGCCAGCUGCAGGACCAGUUCCACACCUGGAGCCCCCCCAUAUUGCGAGGGACACCCAGGAACAGCGCCCAGACGAGAUAGUAGAAGUGAGUGACUCUGACAGCAGCACUUCGGAGGAGGAGGAGGAAGCGGUGGAGGCAGCAGCACCACUGUUGCCAUCAGCCCAGGAGACACCUCCAGCAGCGAGCUCAGGAGUUUCCAGCCAGGUCCAAGCAGAGCCACCUCAAGCUUCUGCAGAGCAUGAAAGUCUUGAAGAUGAAGCUGAAGUCCAGCAAAAGCAAACAACUCCAGAAAAGAAUCUGGGGCCAUCAGUUCCUGUUGCAGCUCUGGAUGAGGAGGAAGGAGAUACCUGUGCAAUCUGCUUUGAGCAGUGGACCAAUGCUGGGGACCACCGUCUGUCAGCGCUGCGGUGUGGACACCUCUUUGGCUACACAUGCAUUGAGAGGUGGCUCAAGGGACAGGCAGGGAAGUGCCCUCAGUGCAAUAAGAAGGCCAAGCGUUCCGACAUCGUGAUCCUGUACGCCCGCACAUUGAAAGCGCUGGAUACCAGUGAGCAGGAGCGCAUGAGGAGCUCUUUAGAAAAGGAGCAAAUGUUGCGGAGACAGGCAGAGCUGGAAUCUGCACAGAGCCGUCUCCAGCUCCAGGUUCUGACAGAUGAAUGCAGCAAACUCCGCAAGCAAGUUCAGGAGCUGAAGGCUCUGGUGUCCCAGUACAAUGUGAGCGCUUCGCAGCAACCUGGCAGCUCCCGCACCUGCCUCCCAGGCAGCCUCCCCUCCAGCCAAAGCCAGCGCAAGUACCACUUGGAAAAGGUUUUUUUGGUGUCUCAGACUGGGAACUGCAGAGUAAUGGCAUACUGUGACUCACUGAGUUGUCUUGUGGUAUCCCAGCCUUCUCCACAAUCUACUUUUAUUCCUGGUUGUGGUGUUAAGAUGAUGAGCUUGGCCAACCUGAAGAGCAGUCAGUACAUCCCCAUCCACAGUAAACAGAUUCGGGGCCUGGCUUUCGGCACUCGAGCAGAUGGUUUGCUGCUCUCUGCUGCCCUGGACAGCACUCUUAAACUCACCAGCUUGGCAACAAACACUGUGGUACAGACAUACAAUGCUGGUCGUCCUGUGUGGAGCUGCUGCUGGUGUCUCGAUGACACAAACUAUGUCUAUGCUGGAUUGGUCAAUGGCUCUAUCAUGAUAUAUGAUCUGAGAGACACAAACUCUCAUGUCCAAGAACUGGUCCCUCAAAAGUCCAGGUGCCCCAUGGUAUCGCUGUCCUACCUGCCCCGGAUGGCCUCAGCAUCACUGCCUUAUGGCGGAAUAUUGGCUGGGACCUUGGAAGGAGCCUGCUUUUGGGAACAGAAAGCUGGCAACUCUUACCGGCCUCAUCACCUGCCCCUGGAACCCGGAGGCUGCAUCGAUCUCCAAACAGAGAUCAACACACGGCACUGCCUGGCCACAUACAGGCCUGGUAAAAAUAACCCGUGUGUGCGUUGUGUGAUGAUGGAACUGACUUGCAGCCCACUGACAGAGGCCUCUGAAGAUGUGGUGUGUUCUUCUAACCCGGUUCAGACUUUCAGUGCCGGGCCCACUUGCAAGUUGCUGACCAAAAAUGCCAUUUUUCAGAGCCCGGAGGAUGACGGGAGUGUCUUUGUGUGUGCUGGUGAUGAAGCAUCCAAUUCUGCUCUGCUCUGGGAUGCUGGAAGUGGUUCCUUGCUGCAGAAGCUGCCAGCUGACCUGCCUGUGCUGGAUAUCUGCCCCUUGGAGGUGAACCAAACUCACCUCUUGGCUACUCUGACAGAGAAGAUGGUGAAUAUCUACAAGUGGCAGUGAGCUGUCCCUACGCUUGCCACAGACUGUCCACAUAUGCUGCUGAUAACCCUACACAACUGCUCAGUCCUGCACUUGCUGCUUACAGGAGACAGGAUCCAUUACAGCACCUUUCUGGCAGUGGAGAGGAACUGGGAUGUGCUGGUGCCCAGAGCAAUUCCUUUCUUUUUCUGUAUUCCUCUUUAGCCCUGCCCUUAUUUCUUCUUUUGUCAAUUUUUUUUACUCGAACUCCACAAGCUGCCUCAGCACAGCACUAAUUCCUGGAGUGUCUCCAGUGUGUGUUGCUGCACUUUUUUUUCCACUGUGAAUACAGCACAGGGACUUUCAAAUCUCUGCUACAAAUGAAUAAAAUAAGAGGAGCUUGAAGACCUGAGACUCCCACUGCACUUUCUUGUGGAAUCCUGCUGUGAUUACCGGGUGAUGAAAAGGCAUCUCGUAGCAUUGCUGAUAGGCAGUGUGAAGGCAAGUGCACUGCUGUGGGGAAUGUGCUCCCAAUGUUCUAUUGAAGGUCUAGGGUCAGUUGGCAGUUAUUCCCUAACAAGGAUGGAUCCUGUUUUGGGGCCAUGGAGAGAACAGGCUUAGAAAAUCUAGAGAGAACCUUUUUCCUUUGUGGUUUUUUUCCAUGAGCAUAUAAUUUGCACUGUAAUUCCUUAAUUCUCUGCUUUCUUUCCUGUCUCUCCUUCCUGCUUUACCUGCAAGCAAACUUGGACAGUUUGGUUGUGGAAAAUGAAAAUAGUCCUGGAGAAGUACAGGUAAAGAAGAGGGAGAUGAUUCUUGUAUGGCUGGCUGCUGCAGCCCAGUGUUCUUUCUUAAAGACAGGAAUGUAGUGAAAGAGCCAGUACAUUGGAAAAGAAUGCUGGCUGCUUUUGUAGUUUGGCGAUAGGGGAGUUUGCUUUUUUCUGUUUUGAGGAACUAGUGGAAGCUCAGGGACUUAAUCAGCUUGUUUUUACUGACCAUUUGCCUUGUUAAAUCACAGUUUCCAGCUCACAACUGGUCACAGAGAGCUUGCAGUUGUGUUUAUGUGAGUGUGCUGCAGCCACUGGUUUGUGUAAAUGUGAGCCCCUGGGGUGGGAUCACAGCUCGGGGAUGUGUGUGGGCAGGUGGGCUUGUGGCACCUUACUGUAAAUACUCUGAGGGCUGGGGCGUUCAUCUCCAGGUCAGGUCAUGGAGCGGGACUUCAGUUCCAUUUUAUGUGUAACAAAGUCAAACUUGCAAGGAUGUUGGAAGCUGCAAGACAAGUUAAGUUCCCUGUGCUGGAAGGUUAUCCCUUGGCACACCUCUGCCUCUGGACAUGGUGAGCAGCAGCUGUCCUAUUCGGAUUGAGUGUGCCACCACUUCAACUGCCAGGAUAAUUUUAUUUUCUGAAGUUUGGGGCUUGCACAAUGUGAUCCUGUUUGUCUUAAAUGGGCCUGAGAAGAUCUCGACUUAACUUUAUAUUUUUCUGUAUAGUAUUUUGUUCCUGUAUUUUUAUACUGUAAAAAUAAAAUGUUUAUAAUUAUCAAAUAUAA